AUGGUCCACGCAGCAUUGAAGAAAGGGAAUUCAGCCGUCAUCACUGGAGCAGCCUACGGUGGGAUCGGUUACUCGAUCGCCACCCUCUGCCUGCAACGCUACGGCAUGCGAGUCCUCCUCGCGGAUGUGUCCACCUCAGCCCUCGAACGUGCUUCCCAAGGCUUGAUCAAAGCUGGCAUCCCCGAAGAAAGCUUCAUAAUUCAUCCGUGUGAUGUUUCGGACUUUGGGGAGGUGCUCAAGUUAGCCGAGGUCGCGUAUGCUUCGUUCGCCAAGGUCAAUUUCUUGGUUCUCAAUGCUGGGGUGCAGAUGUCGACCAAGGACUACUCGGACGAUCCCAAGAUGAGUAUGGAGGCUUGGAACAAGACCUUGAAUGUAUGGAUUCUCUUCUCGUACUUGCUCAACGGUAACUCGACCAGUCAGCUGACCAGCUCGGGCCGAUCCGAUGACCGAACAAGCAGGUCAACCUUUUCGGUGUGCUCCACGGUACCCAAGCCUUUGUCGAUCGCAUGGUCAAACAAGACUCGCCCGCUGCAGUCGUCGUGACCGCAUCCAAGCAAGGCAUCACCCAACCUCCCGGGAAUCCAGCUUACAACGUGUCCAAGUCGGGUCAGUUGUGUUCUGUUCCAGCUUAGAGGAACGGCCACCAGCGCUGACUCUUCGGCUUUUGAACACCAGCCGUCAAAUCUCUCACCGAAGCACUUUCUCACUCCCUCCUUUCGACGCAAUGCACGGCCCACCUCCUCGUCCCAGGAUACACUUGGACCAAGCUCACCACCAAUGACAAAAUUCUCGACGAAGGCGCGCAGAAGCCCAAAGCGGCUUGGACGGCCGAUCAAGUCGCCGAGCAACUGUUCGAUCGCAUCGAGAAUGAAUUUUACAUCAUCUGCCCUGAUAGUACGUCAUCAAAUUUUCGGAAACCCUCUAUGUGCUCUCUUCGUUCCGAGCUUGAUGUAGAAAUUUGCUGGGUUGGUGCAGAUGAUGUGACAUGGGAGCUCGACCAGGCUCGCAAGCGAUGGAACUUUGACGACAUCCUCGAGAAGCGUCCCGCUCUUUCCCGUUGGCACCCCGAGUGCAAGGACGCGUUUACCAAGCACAUUGAGCAGAGCACGGCGGGCAAGAGGUAA